UGGGGCAAGUUCUCAGGGCUGUGGCUGGUGUCCUGUGUCUGCGGCGUGGGCUCUGAAGUGCUCUCGUCCAGGCCCCAGCUGCUGCACUGGAAAGCAGGAUUUCACUCUUGGAGAGGAGAGUGUUUCCCACAGCACUCACAGGCGCCAUGCACCUGGUGUCAGACACCUCCAUUCUCGCUGGUCUGGGGGUGUGGAAGGCACUUUGUGCAGGUUUCACGUGUGUCUGCCUGGUUCCGGGGGAGGUUGACCACUUUCCACACGUUUAUUGGCCACUUGGAUUUCCUCACCUGUGGGCCAUCUCCUCUCUUAGGUUUCUUCCCUGGUUUUCUACCAGGUUUUUGUUUCUUAUUGAUCAGCAGGAGUCCUUUUGUUUCAUGUUGCGUAUUUUAUGAUUUCUUUGCUUUUGCGUUUGCAGUUUUCUCCUAGUUUGUUGCUGGCUGCACAGUCUGGUGUGUUGUUGAAGAAAUUCUUAAUGUAGUCAGAUGUGUAUUUUUCCCUUUAUGAUGGGUGCUUUUGUGUCCUGUGUAAUAACUCUUUCCCACCUCUGAAGCCUUCCUGUAAUUUCAUCCAGUUGUUUUGUUUUGCUUUUCACACUCAGGUUUGUGAUUCUUGUGACCAAGCUGUUUAUGCUGGUGUCUGGGAGACGGACACCCAAUGUCCCACCCCCUCUGCACUGCCAGCCCUGGUGAGCCAGCGUCCAGGGGUCCAUUCCUGUUUCGUGGCUCUCCCUCUGUUGGUAUGUCUGCCUGUCUGUCCUGACACUAGCCCCACAUUCCCUGUAACGGCAGCAUUAGGACAAUUCUUCAAUUCCAAGUAUGCGGCCCAACCUCAUCUGUCAGAGUAUUGGGGCUUUGCUCUUAUGUAUAAAGAUUAGGAUAUUUAUGUCUGGAUUUGGACUGGAAUAAUGUUGACUCACAAGAUUAGGAAGAAGUGACUUUUUGUAAAAUUUAUUUAUUGGCUGCAUUGGGUCUCUGUUGCUGUGUGUGCACUUUUUCUCGUGGAGAGCAGGGGCUACUCUUCAUGCGGUGCACAGGCUUCUCACUGCGGUGGCUUCUCUUGUUGCAGAGUAUGAGCCCUAGUCAUGCAGGCUUCAGUAGUUGUGGCACAUGGGCUCUAGAGUGCAGGCGCAGUAGUUGUGGCGCAGGGGCUUAGUUGCUCUGCGGCAUGUGGGAUCUUCCCAAACCAGGGCUUGAACCUGCGUCCCCUGCACUGGCAGGCAGAUUCUUAACCACUGCGCCACCAGUGAAGCCCACGAAGAAGUGACUUUUUGUGAUAUGGGGAGUUUCCAGUUACGAACACGCUGCUUAUCCAUCUACUUGGGUCUCUGAUGCCAUGCGUGCUGAGUUUGCAGUGCAGCUCUGCUACCCACCACAGCAUUAGCGCAAGCACAGGGGAAGGGCAUGGCCCCCCGUCAGGCCACCCUCACCUCAGACACCAGCCAGAAGCUUGGGUUACCCCGGGCCACAUGCCCUUCCUACUAGCUGGCUACAAGUUCAGAGAUUCUUAUGAUCCCUCAGAUUCAGUAACUCACUAGGUUGACUCAGAAUUCAGGGAAGCGUUACACUCAUGAUUUUACAGUUUUAUUAUAAAGGAUACAAACCGGGACCAGCCGAGUGAAGAGACCUACAGGGCAAGGUGGGGAGGGUCUGGGCUGCGAGCUGUGCCCUCACUCUGUAGAAUGCAGGCUCCCCACCGUCCUGGCGCGUCAGGAAGCUCACUGAGAUUCAGUGUCUAGUUGGCUUGGGGUGUCACUGCAUUAUCCACUGCAUGAAUUCCAGUCCCCGCCCUGGCCGUCCCACCUUCUGAUCACAGGUGGGGCUUCCUGGUGACAGCCUGCACUGAGUCACUGCAUUAUCAAAAGCUCAGGUGUGCACUGUAAACAACCAAGUCCCCACCCAUCGGGAUACUCCCAGGCUAUCGCAAACCAGGGACAAGACCAGACAAACUUUCCCAUCAGGGUUUAUGACUUUCUCCCUAGAGGCUUGUUCUCUGGCCCCUCAGUAGUUUCUUUUUGAUGCUGUUGUAAAUGGUGACCUGCUUUAAAUCACUCCAGGGGUCAGGAGUAUACAGGAGUGCAGUCAGCCUUGUUCCUGGGUUCCCUGCUACGCGCACCCAUCCUGGUGGUAAUUGUUUCUUCUGUGGGCCUUUGUGGUACCAUCGCCAGGGCUUUUGUUUUCCAUGUCUCCCAUGUUGAAGUGAGGUGAGUGGGCCAUUAUUCCUGAUUUCAUUGAUUGGUUUAACAAAUACCUGAAUAUUGAUGAUGUGGCAGGUGCCGAGAUAUUCUGGAGAUUCAGAGCAAACGGACCAGAAAUUCCUGCCCUUGUGGAGCUUCUGUCGUGGUGGAGCAGACAAGAUGAGUGGAAUACUAAGCAGGUCAGAUGGAGGAAGUACUGUGGAGAAAAUGCAGGAAAAGGUACAGAGGGAGCCAAGGACAUCAUCGUUCUUGAGUGGCUGGGGCCUUGCUGAGGUGACAUGUGAGUGAUGACCGAGGGGACCAGCAGAUGUUUGGGCGAGAAAAGCAAGCGCAAAGGCCCCAGGGCAGGUCUGCAGAAGAGCAAGAGGCUGUGUGGCUGAGCCAGGCGAGGGGAGAGGGGUAGGGAGCCGUGACAAGGAGGGUCAGCAUACAGGAUGUGGGAGGACCUUGGCGUCCACUCUGAGCUGUGCAGAGGCAGGGUCAGAGCUGAGCUUUACCAGAACUUCUCAGUGUGUCGUUGCAGGGCCCCUGGAGAGGAGGCUGGGGCAGCAGCCUGAGUUAGGGGGGCUCCAUGUCCAUUUCCCAGGAUGGGGAGAUGGUGAGGGUCUCACAGGCCUGAGUGGUUGGCUUUGGGCAGAUCAAGUUUAAAAUGUCUCUGGCCCGAGGGUGAGUCCAAAGCCAGAAGAUGGCACCGUCACAUGAGAGUGAGAUGCAAGUGUUGCGGGUAGGGGGAGCUGCAGGGGGUGUGUUGUCGUGAGGAAGCACCCUGGUCCCUGGAAAGCUGGCAGGCGGGCUGAGGGAGCUGUCGUCAAGCUGAGCAAGUCUUCCUGGCUUGUGGGUCAUCCGAGUGGGAGCCAGGUCUUACCACGCAUGCCCCUUUGUUGGCUGAAUUAUACCAACAGUUUUCAGUGCCCAGUCAGGAGAUCUUGGACAAGAUCCCAUUUCAUUGGAACUUCUGAAGCUGGUUUGCUCUCCUUAUAUAGUCCCUGUCUGGCUUUGGAAAUAAGGAACGUUUCCUCACUUCUUGGGAAGUUUGUAGAAGGUAAUGUUAGUCUGAGCCUGGUGGGGUUUUUUUUGUGGGUAUUUUAAAAACUGGGGAUCCUGUUUUUUAACGGGUAUAAGGGCUGUUAUUUCUAUCCCGCUUUUGGCAAAUUGUUUUCUUUCCUCCGUUUUCAAAUCUGGUCUGUGACGUCCUCUUGCCUCUGCCAUGGGCUUUUGUCUUCCGUCCACCUUCCUAGCAGAGCCCUUUGCUGUCUGUCCUCUGGCUUUGGGCUCCUGCUCUCUCAGCCUCUCAGGGAUCACUAAUCCUUUUUCCUGAGAACAUAAAGCUAAAAACUCCCCUGGAGCGUCUGCUGUGAAGCACUACAAUCUGGCCACGUAAACUGUCACGACUCCUCAGUUUCUUCCCGGGCACCAGUGUAGCUGGACUGAAGUUAUUCCAUAGUUAUAAACAGAGCCUGAGCGUUUUCCUCACUUGUUCCUGAUCCCUGACCCAGUGCCUGCCUGCUUCCCUCUGAGGAUUUUUAAAGUAUUUCCUGAGUGCCCAGUCACCUGUCUGGGUGGAGGCUCUGUCUCUCACCAAGCUACACCUCUGUGCAUUUAGUCUGACCCUCUGGGACAUGGCCCCUGGGUGGUGGUCUUACUUCCCGUGGCCAGCACACCAGAUCCCUGCUGCUCUUCUGACAGCCACCCACCUGACCUGUGUGUGUCAUGUGCUAUCCGAGUGUGACAUAUUUCUCUCCAGCUCUAAAACUGCUUAGAUUUUAGUGGUGACUGUACUUUACUCAACAGAACCUUUUAAAUUUAUUUUUAUUUAUACUGAGGUGAGAGUCAUACAACAUACAAUUAAUCAAGUUUACAAUUCAGUGGCAUUUAGUACAUUCAGAUUGUUGUGCAACCCCCACCUCUGUCUAAUAAUCUGAAACACCUGUUCCACUGUGUCUCCAGCAGCCUUCAGCAGAAGUCAGAGCCACCUUUGCUCUGGGGCCCCCAAGCCCAUCUGGGAUUCCACUGGGGUGGCAGAACAUCAAGUUCCUUUUCUUCUUCUCCAGCUCCAUAGCUCAAAGAGUUUUCUUAUUCUUUGUUGGCAUGUUUUCUUAGGCCAGAGUCUUGACUUCUUAAGGCUCCAAUGAUCUCUUUUCUUUCCUCUCCUCUGAUUUCUGUUCUGACAAUCCUCUGUUGAAGGAAUGAAUACCUCACGUCUAGUUUAAAGGGUCAAGGACCAAAGAAUAUUAGAAAUUAAAAGAGAAAAGAGGUAAUUCAGCAAUAAUGGAAUAGUCCAGUUGAUAACGGGACAGUCACUCAAUUGAACCUACUUACAGAACAUUCCACCAGCAUUUCCAGGUGCUCAUGGAACAUUCUCCAGGAUAGAUGAUAUCUCAGACCACAAAUCACAAUGUAUUUUAAAAGACAGAACAUACUUUGUAUAAUUUCAAACUCCAGUGGAAUUAGAUAUCUACAACAAAAUGAAGUCUGGAAAAACCCCAAAUGUUUGGAAGUUAACAUCUAAAUAGUGUGUAGGUCAAAAAGAGUGAAAAUGAAAACAGAAAAUGUGUGGGAUGCAGCUAAAGCAGUGCUAGAGGGAAAUGUAUCGCUUUAAACACCUGUAUGACAAAAGAAGAAAAGCCUCAGAAAACCCUUAAAACACUAACGAAGAGCAAACACAACUCAAAGGAAGCAGAAGGAAAGAAAGAAUGAUUAGCAAGGAGAUCAAUGAAACAGAAAACAGAAAAUCCACUGACCAACAAAAUAACAAAUUACCAAAAUCAUGAAUGAAAAUGGGGACAUCACUACCAUCCUGCAGAAAUGAACAGGACUUAUAAGGGAAUACUAGGGAAACUACACCAACAAAUUAGAUGAAAUGGACAAAUUCCUUAAAGUGAUUUAAUAAAAGUCUUGAGUCUUCAUGCAAAGGAAAGCUCAGGUCCACAUGGCUUCACUAAGUGCUUUCUACCAGUAACACUGGUCAUUGCAAACUGUUCCAGAAACUAUAGGAUGGAACACUUCCCAGCUCAUUCCAUGAGGCUGUCAUCCUGAUAUCAAACUAACUAGAGAGCAAUGUCCCUCAUGAACAGAGAUGUAAACUAGUUAAAAUGUUAGCACCCCAAAUACAGUGACAUUAUAUACACAACCAGGUGGGAUUUACCACAGAAAUGCAAGGUUGGUUCAACAUCAAAAAAUCAAUUAACAUAAUAAACCACAGUCAAAGAAUAAAGGACAGAAUCCACAAGAUCAUCUUGACAGAUGCAGGAAUGCAGGAAAACAUUUGACAAAAUUCCACACCUGUUCAUGAUAAAAAUGUCAAACUAGGAAUAGAAGGAAGCUUCUUGGAUCUAAUAAAGGACAUCUAUGAAUGUCCAAAUGCUGCUGUACCAAAUCAUUAUAAACUUAGUUGUUUAAAACAACACAGAUGUAUCAUCUGAAGUUCUGGAAGUCAGAAGUCUGACAUGAUUCUCACUGGACUAAAAAUGUCCGCAGAGCUGGUCCCUUCUGCAGGCUCUAAGGGAGACUGUCUCCUUGCCCUUUCCUCCCACUUGAGGCACCUGGCUCCUGGUGUCCUUCCUCCAUCUUCAAAGGUCAGCAACUGUGGGUUGAGUCCUUCUCACACUGACCUCUUCUGACCCCCUCUUCCACUUUAGAGGAUCCUUGUAAUUAUACUGGGCCCGCCUGGAAAAUCCACGUUAAUCUCACUAUUUUAAGGUCAGCUGAUUAACAUCCUCAAUUCCCCUUUGCCAUGCAUGAUUCCAGGGAUAAGGACGUGGACAUCUUUCUUGGGAGCAUUAUUCUACCUGUGACAGCAUCGAUGAAAAACAUAAGCCAGCAUCAUAAUUCACGGUGAAUGACUGAAUGCUUCCCACUAAAAUCAGGACCAUGGCAAGGAUGUCUGCUCUUGUCACUUCUCAACAUUGUACUGAUGUGCAAUAAGGCAUACACACACAAAAGGCAGUACACAUACUGGAAAGGAAGAAGUACAAAUGUCCUUAUUCAUUCUAUAUGUGGCUUAUCCUAAGGAAUCCAGAUACACACACACAUACCUGGAGCUAAUAAGUUCAGUAAGGUCCUGGGAUACAAGAUUAACAAGAGAAAUCUGUUGUAUUUGCACAUACGAAUGACAAAGUCAAACAAAAUUAAAACAACUCCAUAAAAGCGUCAAAACCAAUGCCUAGAAGUUAUCAAAAGUAGUGCAGGAUUUAUACUCUGCAAGCUACAAAAAAAAAAAUUGCUAAGAGAAAGAAGAUGUUGAUUAGAAGAUCUUUGUGAUCCUGGGUUAGGCAGAGUGCUUAUACACCACACCAAAUCAUGAGCCAUGAAAGAAAAAAACUGAUAAAUUGGACUUUGUUAAAAUAAAUUUUCGGGGACUUCCCUGGUGGUCCAGUGAUUAAGAAUCCACCUUCCAAUGCAGGUUUGAUCCCUGGUCAGGGAACUAAGAUCCCACAUGCCACGGGGCAACUAAGCCUGUGCGCCACAACUACUGAGCUCGCGCACCUGAACUAGAGAGCCUGUGUGCUGCAAACUACACAACCCACACACCCUGGAGCCUGCGCACCACAACCAGAGAAGAGAAGACCUACACAGAGCAAUGAAAGAUCCCGCAUGCUGCAACUAAGACUUGACGCAGCCAAAAAUAAAGAAUAAAUAAAUCUUAAAACAAAAAUAAGCUUUCAUACUUCAAAAGACAUUAAAAAAAAGCAACAAACCACCAACAGAAAAAUAUCUGAAAAUGUUAUCCUUGAUAAUCCAUAAUCGUGUUACAACUCAGUAAGGAGAUAGCUCAAUUAAAAAAUGGACAAAAGUCUUCAACAGACACUUCACCAAAUUCACCAGAGAAUACAUAAAAAGGCCAAUAAACACACGAAUAGCUACCCAAUACAGAAACACAAAAGAGCUAAAAAAAACAAAACUGACCAUACCAGACAGUGGUGAGGAUGUGCAACUGGAAUUCUCGUAAUUUAUAAAAUGGUACAAUCAUUUUGGAAAACAGUUUUUUAAAAACUAGACAUAAAUACUGCGUGAACCAGUAAUUCCACUCAAGAAUCUGCCCAAGAGGAGUGAAAUCUACAUCCACACAAAAACUCAUACACAAAUGUUCAUGGCACCUUUAUUCAUAAUAACCCCCAAACAGGAACAACCAGAUGUCUAUCAUCUGAUGGAUGAAUAAAUAAAUGUGGCAAAUCCAUAAAAUUGAAUACUAUCCAGCCUUGACAAGGAAUCAAGUACUGAUACACGCUGUGUGAGUGAACCCUGAAAACACUCAGUGAACAAGGUGAGAUACAAAAGGCCACCAAUUGUACAGGGAUGUUCUAAAACUGGACUCUGCCUACGGCUGCACAGCCGAACACAUUUACUAAGAAUUACUGAAUUGUAUACUGACAAUGGGUGAAUUUUAUGGUGUGAGAAUUCUUCAUCAAUAAAGCUGUUUUAGAAGAAGAAUUGUCGGGUAAAGGCACCACAGUUAAUACUUUAUUACGUUAUCCCAACAAUACUUCUAGAAAAAUAUUUCAACUUAGACAAAAUGAAGGAGGGCUUCCCUGGUGGUGCAGUGGUUAAGAAUUGCCUGCCAAUGCAGGGGACAGGGGUUUGAGCCCUGGGCCGGGAAUGUCCCACAUGCUGCAGAGCAACUAAGCCCAUGCGCCACAACUACUGAGCCUGUGCUCCAGAGCCUGCGAGCCGCAACUACUGAGCCCACGAGCUGCAAUACUGAAGCCUGCACGCCUAAAGCCUGUGCUCCACAAUAAGAGAAGCCACUGUAAUGAGAAACCCAUGCACUGCAACAAAGAGUAGCCCCCACUCGCCACAACUAGAGAAAGCCCGUGUGCCGCAAUGAAGACCCAAUGCAGCCAAAAAUAAAAUAAAUUUUUAAAAAAUCUUAAAAAAAAAAUGGAGGAAAAAACCUAACACAAUAGUAUUAAAAGUAACAACCAUCUACAGGGGAAAAAAGUCUAAAAAAUAUAGGCAAGAUUGUAACGUGGAAAUCUACAAAAACACCACUGAGAGAAACUGAAGAAAACCUAAUUAUGCCAUGUCCACCAACUGGAAGAUUCAAACUGCAACACAAGUCACACAAUUGGACAGGCUGCUCCCACCAUGGACAAGGAAACACAAGGGACCGCGAAGAGCCUGGAACCUCUUGCAGACGGAGAAGGGUCUGCUUCGCCUCCACGGUUCAUGGGGAGCCCAGAAAGGGCUAGGCUAUGUGGACCCUGACCGCAGCAAGCGUGGUGCCCAGAAGCAAGGUGGAAAGGAAAGGCACUGUGCUAAAUGUGGGGAGGCGCUCAUAACCCACCAAAAAGAGUGAAACUCAAGCACCGUCUCACUCCCAGGAAGGGAAAGAGAGUGGGUGCCCAAGGACGUCACAGAGAAAGGUAGGAAGGAGAGUGGCCGUUCACCAGGUAUUUUAAGGGAAUACACUCAAGUCCAUGUGCUGAACAGGACCUGAAACCAUGAUACAUACAUCAGCCUAGAUAAAAAACAUUUUUGCAGUUUUUCCACUUAAGGAACAUCUUAUGAGACCACAUUAAAAUCAAAAACUCUCACCAGAAUCAAAAUAUAGAGAAUGGAAAGGCAAACCACAGCGCAGGAGACAGUACUGGCCACACAUACCUGACAAGGGGCUGGCAUCCAAAGUACGAUUAAAAAAACAUAAGUCACACUGACAGCAACCAAACAAAAAAUCAGCAAGAGACUUAAACAUGUACUUUAUAAACUGGUGUUUGAAGAAACACAGGACCAAUGAAAGCCACUGUCCACAGGGUAGGGGUGGUGUUGAGGGCACCCCCGCUGGCCCCAGGAAGGUGUGACCCCUAACUACCCAGGUAAGGUUGGCCUUACCUGCCAGGAUGAUACACCCUGGUCCCAGCGGGUCCACUUAGGACCACAGAAACACACAUGGGCCCUAUGGGGUUGCAGCACCACGACAGGAAGGAGGAAAGGGAUGCUGUGUCUAUGACUUGGCACAUGAGCGGCUGGGCCUGGGGCUUCCAUAUGACACCAUUUCCACAAAGACCAGAAACCAGACUCCUUAGAGGGAGCCUCAGGGGGUCAGCUGGAAAGAGAGGCCAGGGCAGUAGUCAGCCUGGGUCAGGACAGGCUGCGUUGGGGGAGCAGGGACAGAGCUGGCCCAGGUGGCCGGGACAGAGGUCUUCUCCAAACUCAGAGGGCUGAACACCGAUGUUACCACAGGACUCGAGAAAGGUUUACAAAUACCUAACUUGGUUGCCACAAUCCUGAUAAGGGUUCCCCACCACACAAGCUCAACUGGGGACUUACAGGAAGUUUCCAGCACCAGCCCUCCGAGGGUGAGGAGACGGGAAUGCUAACCCUCCUUCCAGUCCACGUGCACCUGGCCCGCAUGCCAGGAGCUUUCUGGUGAAGAGGCCCCAUGGCCCGGGACUCCUGCUGAGUCCACACUUUCUACUGUGUAAAUGUAUGUUUACCGUGUAAAUUUCUGGGUGUGGACUUUCUCCCUGCGGAUCUAUAAUUUCUCAGAAGAGAAGCUGAGAAAUGACCUGGAAAAAAAUCAAAGCUCAAUAAAGGGAGGAAGACAAAGCUGCCCCUCAGCACUGCUGUGGGAUAAGCUGGGGAGGGGGUACCAUGAGGCAGCGGGCAGGCCUGGCCUCUGGCCUCUCCUGGGGCCAGACAACUCCUGCCUGCCUCACCUCUUCCCUCCUCACCCUGCACCCUUCGGGAAACAGACCUGCCUUCCUCCGCUGCCUCACCAUGAGGUUCGAGAGUCCCUAAGCCCUCUGCAAGUCUUGUCCUCCCCGACUCAGUUUUGCCUUUUCAACCCCUUCUGAGCACAGCCCCACAGCCCCAGGCAGAGCAGACGGACUGGUGGGCAGGCACAGCUGGCAGCCAGAGGAAGGAUCCUCAGUAAAGGAGGACAGGGGUGGCUGGAAGGCUGCACUGCACCUGGCCAGCCCUGGCAGGGGGGUGGGGGUGGGGGGUGGUUGGCUCUGGAAGAGCAGAGCCCAGGACACCCCAAGUGGAGGGGAGGAUGGUGCCUCGGCUCAAGUGGCCACGCCCCUUCUUCCCACAUCUGACCUGGGGCUGACCUCAGGUGGGGCACUGGGCACCUGUCCCAGGGCCUGUACAGUUCGGGGUGGCUGUGCCCCUAUAGGAGCCCUGGAGGGCAGGAUGGGGCCCACUGCUGCCAGGGGUUGGUCUCAUGGCCAGAAGACCUGGCCCCAGAGGCUGGCCAUCCCCCACUCUCUUCCUGGGAGAACACUGCUGGGGAAAGCAAACAUAAAGUGGCCGGGGCCCAGCCAAGCAUUCCUAGAAGAGGCUGGGGGGAGGGGCAGUAGCCAGACAGCAGCUGACCUUGAGGUCACGGGAGAAGCCAAAGCUGGGCCAGGCCCCUGGGAGCCUGAACAAGGACCCCACCCAGGCAGUUAGGAAAUGGGGAGGGGGAGUGGUCAGCAAGCAGGGCAGAUGGGCAGGCCCACUUGGAGACGUGCAGCUCCCGCUUAACUCCCACACGGCCAUCUGCUGGGCCGGAAGACCCCAGGAGCCCCGCAGGGGCCUCCACCCACAGGCGUGAGGGCCGGCUGAACACCAGCCCCUCACAGGCUGCUCCAAGAGAGACCCCCGCCCAGCACUGCUCUGCUCCGCCCAACCCUGCAGGGGGAUGGGAAGAUGGGGGGUUGGGAAGAAAGGGGUUUGGGAAGAUGGGGGGAUGGGUCCCUGUUGGUCCUCAGCUGCACCCCGGCCCACCUUGCACCCUGAAGGCGUGUCAGGGCAGACACAGCACCAGCCUGUCCCCUGUGCCAUCUGUACCCGGGGCCUCAGUGCUGAUGCUGGCAGCCCGGCAGGAAGGGGUUAAUGGAGCUGGGGCCAGCAGGCUGGGCUGGCCAGUGACAAGGGUGCUGGCUGCCCCGGCGCAGUGGGGAAAUCCAGAGGGCAGGAGCAGCCGGCCCCAGCAGACGCGCCCCACUCCCUGCCUGCCUACGGCCUGCUCUGCACGAGGAUGGCCCUGAAGGGAGGAGGCCCGGCCCUGGUGGUGCUGCUGGUCUCCUGGGCAGCACUGGGCUCCCAUAGCCUGGAGGGAGUGGAGCCCGCGGUGCCAGCAGACCCUGAGGGCCUGCAGUGCCCGGCCAUCUGCUCCUGCGGCCAUGAUGACUACACAGGCGAGCUCAGCGUCUUCUGUAGCUCCCGGAACCUCACGCGGCUGCCCAACGGCAUCCCAGACGGCACCAGGGCUCUGUGGCUGGACGGAAACAACUUCUCCUCCAUUCCCGCGGCCGCCUUCCAGAACCUCUCCAGCCUGGGCUUCCUCAACCUGCAGGGCAGCGGGCUGGCCAGCCUGGAGUCGCAGGCACUGCUGGGCCUGCAGAACCUGUACCACCUGCACCUGGAGCGGAACCAGCUGCGCAGCCUGGCAGCCCGCACCUUCCUGCACACGCCGGGCCUGGCCUCGCUCGGCCUUAACAACAACCUGCUCAGCCGGGUAGACGAGGGCCUCUUCAGGGGCCUGGCCCACCUUUGGGACCUCAACCUGGGCUGGAACAGCCUGGCUGUGCUGCCCGACACCGCCUUCCAGGGCCUGGCCAGCCUGCACGAGCUGGUGCUGGCGGGCAACAAGCUGGCCUACCUGCAGCCCACGCUCUUCUGUGGCCUUGGCGAACUCCGUGAGCUGGACCUGAGCAGGAACGCCCUGCGGAACGUCAAAGCCAAUGUCUUCGUCAAGCUGCCCAAGCUCCAGAAGCUCUACCUGGACCACAACCUCAUCACCGCCGUGGCCCCGGGCGCCUUCCUGGGCAUGAAGGCACUGCGCUGGCUGGACCUGUCGCACAACCGCGUGGGUGGCCUCCUGGAGGACACCUUCCCGGGGCUGCUGGGCCUGCACGUCCUGCGCCUCUCGCACAACGCCAUUGCCGGCCUGCGGCCCCGGACCUUCAAGGACCUGCACUUCCUGGAGGAGCUGCAGCUCGGCUACAACCGCAUCCGGCAGCUGCCGGAGGAGGCCUUCGAGGGCCUAGGCCAGCUGGAGGCGCUGGCGCUUAACAACAACCUGCUCCAGGAGCUCAAGCCCGGUGUCUUCCGGGGCCUCUGCAACCUGGCCGUCAUGAAUCUUUCAGGAAACUGUCUGCGGAACCUGCCAGAGCAGGCAUUCCAGGGCCUGGGCAAACUGCACAGCCUGCACCUGGAGGGCAGCUGCCUGGGCCACCUCGGCCCGCACACCUUCACCGGCCUCUCGGGGCUGCGCAGGCUCUUCCUCAAGGACAACGGCAUUGCGGCCAUGGACGAGCAGAGCCUGGGGGAGCUGGCCGAGCUGCUCGAGCUGGACCUCACCUCCAACCAGCUCACGCAGCUGCCUGGCCGGCUGUUCCAGGGCCUUGGCAGGCUGGAGUACCUCCUCCUCUCCCGCAACCGGCUGUCUGCGCUGUCGGCAGACACUCUGGGGCCUCUGCAGCGCACCUUCUGGCUGGACGUGUCGCACAACCGCCUGGAGGCGCUGCCUGAGGCCGUGCUCGCACCCCUGGGGCAGCUGCGCUACCUCAGCCUCCGGAACAACUCGCUGCGGACCUUCAUGCCGCAGCCCCCCAGCCUGGAGCGCCUGUGGCUUGAGGGCAACCCCUGGGACUGCGGCUGCCCCCUCAAGGCCCUCAGGGCCUUCGCCCUGCAGCACCCAGGCGUCGUGCCCCGCUUUGUCCAGGCUGUGGCGGAGGGUGAUGACGACCACCAGCCGCCUGUGUACGCCUACAACAACAUCACCUGUGCCAGCCCCCCGGGAGUCUUGGGCAUCGACCUGCGUGACGUCAGCGAGGCCCACUUUGCCCACUGCUGACCUGAGGCUGCCCUGGGGUCCAGACGGACCCUCGCAGCCCCAGGGGACACAGGCUCAGGACCUGCGGGCCCCAGCCUGGUCCCUGAGAGGGAGGACCAGGAGGGUCGGGGUCACAGCCUCCCCAGCUAUCGUCAAUUAAAAGCAAGCUAAU